GAGUUCAGCGUGCUAGGACUUUGACUUGCAGAAGAUUCGGGAGAGCUAGGGAUAAAGGCUGACCACCAGACUGACAUUGCGAUAUAUGGGGCGACAUUUCAGGCAAACAAGUGACGAAGACCAAACGGAUGAGGUGCUGACAGACUCAGUUGAUUUGUUCGAGGGCGGGGAAGUUGAACAAAGGGAAAACGUGGCCAUCAUUUUCGUGUCCCUCUCGGUAAAUUUGCUUACGUCAUGACCCAUUGAACGACUCUUCGUCCCGUCCGCCAUGUCUGGACGACCACAAGAUGACAGAAACCAAGAGGCGACGGUCUACUUAGGAAACCUGGACGAACGCGUUACAGACGCGAUAGUCUGGGAGCUUAUGCUGCAAGCGGGCCCAGUAGUGAAUGUUCAUCUCCCCAAAGACCGAAUCUCGAUGAGCCACCAGGGCUACGGCUUCUGCGAGUUCCUAACGGAGGAGGAUGCGGAAUAUGCCUGUAAGAUCAUGAAUCAAAUCAAGCUCUGGGGAAAGCCCAUCCGUGUUAACAAGGCCUCUUCGGACAAGAAGCAAUUGGACGUCGGUGCGAACCUGUUCAUCGGCAACCUCGACGAAAAUGUGGACGAGCGACUGCUGUACGACACGUUCAGCGCGUUCGGCAUGAUGGCGACCACGGCGAAGGUCGCCCGCGACCCCGGCACCGGCACCUCCAAGGGCUACGGUUUUGUCUCCUUCACCGACUUUGAGGCCUCGGACGCCGCGAUCGAGGCCAUGAACGGCCAGUUCCUCAUGAACAAGGCCAUCACCGUCCAGUACGCCUUCAAGAAGGACGGCAAGGGCGAGCGGCACGGCACGAGUGCGGAGCGUCUCCUGGCAGCACAAGCGCGGAAGAACAACGCGCUGCCCAUGGGCGCGCGCCCGCCGCCAGGUGCAAUGGGCUUCAACGGGCCGUACCAGGGCCAGUUUGCAGGCGCGCUCGCGGCGCCGCCGCCCCCACCCCCACCUGGGUUCGCCCCGCAGCAGAUCAUGCCGCCGAUGGGGAUGGGGAUGCCGAUGGGCAUGCCCCCGCCAGGGAUGGCGCCGCCUGGUAUGGCGCCGCCAGGGAUGCCACCUGGAAUGGCACCGCCGGGCAUGGGCCCGCCUGGGAUGAUGCCCCCGGGGAUGAUGCCGCCACCACCCCCGCCAAAUAUGCCUGUGUAUGGUGGAUUUGCGCCCCCGCCCCCGCCGGGCUUUGGCGGCCAGAUCCCGCAGAUGGGGCCUCCGAUACACUACCAGUAGGGGGUG